UCUCUUUCUGCCUGCAAGCAAGCAAGCAAGCGAACAGGGCAAGCAAGAAGCAAAGGCCAAGCACCGCGAUGCGAAGCGUUCAGCAAGCAAACGCAGCUGCAGCGCGCUCCACCUCCAGCCCAACAACAGCAGGAACAACUACAGCAACAGUAGGAACAAUAGCGGGGCUCGCAUCGGCUCAGCGCAGGUGGUUGGUAGGGCUGGUGGUGGUGGCAGCGGUGUUCUUUAUCUUUAUUGUCACAGCAACCAGCUCAAGGUCUCCGGGAGGGGGGCAAGCUGGAGUGCAGUCUCGGAGAUGGCGCACUCUAGGCGAUGGCAAGUUAGACAUCGCGUCCCAACAACGGGGGCAACAGCAUCCCGAUGACAGCCGCAGGUCAAGAGGGAGAAGAAGAGGCGAUGCUCUGCAGCAGUAUUUAUUUCCAACUCCAAGCAACCCAGACUUUAUGGGACCCAAACCAAACCAUCUGCCUGCGAAUGCAGUGAACACGUCCAUGCUGACUCCGUUUGAACGGCAAAUGGCCGUCCAAGUCCCGCAUUUCCUCAUCAUCGGCGUUCAGAAAUGCGGCACUAGUGCGCUGUACUUCUCCCUAUGCCAGCACCCGAACAUCACCUGUGCUGCCAAAGUCAAAGAGCCUUUCUUCCUCAGCAUGCCAUCUAGCACGCGAUACUUGUCCGCGUACGCGAGCACUGCCGUGUCCUCCAUUCGCCACCAGUACCACCUCUCCUAUGCAGCAACCUGCUUUGACUUGAACGCGUUGCGCCCCGGGCAGAUGACGAUGGAGGCAAGCACGACGUACUUCGAGAGCGAUACUGCAUUCGACAUCAUCUCUUCGCACCUUGUGAACUCGCACGAGAUCAAACUGCUGGUGAUCUUACGCGAGCCCGUGUCUCGCGCGUACUCGCACUACCAGCACGACAUGCGACGCAAAGGCCCAAAGCCAAACCAGCCGCGUGACCCAAACAACCCCUUCCACGGCGACAAGUACGCGUCGUUCAUCAGCGCCACAAAAGACGAGCUGGCAAUCCUCAGACACUGCCGUGAGGUUGAUGAGCUGUACGCGAGGAACGAGUUGCCACACAAAGAGGCCUUUGACUAUGAAGCGUUUUAUCGGUGCGUGACUGCGACCGCUGAGCAGUAUCGACGCGUCAACAAGCAGGCUCUCCCAGGUUACCUUCUCAAGGGGUUGUACUAUGGGAGGCUGCGAAAAUGGCUUGGCUCUUUUCCGUCGCGACUGCAUGUCAUUGUGUAUGACUCGUUCCGGUUUGACCCUGUUCAAGAGCUCAACAAGGUGGCGUUAUCAACCAAUUGACCGAGCACUUGGCCUUGUGUCUCGUGC